AUGACUUUUUAUGUUUCCAAUUCGUUGUUCAAGAAAUCAAAACAUGAAGCGUCCGCCUUCGUUGUGCAUAAUGCCUACGGCUCAGACGCCGAGUUCCACGUACCAGCUAGAUACUGCUUCGGCGUGCUCAAAAACCGGCGCGGCUCUUUUAUGAGCCCAUCAGCAUCAACCUCGAGGCGAGUGGAGGAAAUGAGCUCUGGUCAAGCGGAGCCGUCAGUUGUCUUUGACUCGUCCAGUGUUCGCAGAAAUGCAGACAGUACCGGUAUUCUAAACAAUGGAUUUUACCUCCACAAAAAAGAAGGUGGAAAAAAUCUGAGUGAUAUGCCCAAAGGCGAAACAAGAAACGUCGUCGAAAACAAAGUUCGACCCUCGCAGUCCGUACAGACAGUGGGACAAACUUGUCAACAGCGUCAGGAGCCACUAAGCCCGCAAAAACCGCAAAUAUAUCCCUGGAUGACUAAACUACACAUGAAUCACGAAUCGGAUGGAAAACGUUCGAGGACGAGUUACACCCGAUACCAAACCCUGGAAUUGGAGAAAGAGUUCCAUUUCAACCGCUAUCUCACGCGUCGAAGGCGCAUCGAGAUUGCCCACACCCUGUGUCUGAACGAAAGACAGAUCAAAAUCUGGUUUCAGAAUCGCCGCAUGAAGUGGAAGAAGGAUUCCAAACUCAAAGUUAAACAGCAAUUCUAGGUCUCGGAUUUCAGUGGACGGCGUUAAAAACAUGUAUGCGCAAUUCUUUUAAAACGUUGACAGACAUAGUCUGAGAUUUUUGGUGUGUGUGUCUGUUUAUGUACAGUUUAAGAUGUAAAUUAAUGUUAGUAUUACUGAGGUUGGAGCUGUAGCGGUGAAUAUUAGAUUAAGAAAAUAAUGUGAACAUGAAAUGUUUUGUCUUUUGAGUUACAUUUUCUGCAGGCUUAGCCUAAAUUUUGUCCGUUAUGCACUACAUGCAACUUGCCAACUAAAGAGAUUUCCUAUGGUAAUAUUUGAUCUCGAAGGACCCGUUACUGUCCUUUAUUAAGUUCACUGAUUAUUUAAAUUCACGUAGAAUUAGUUGUAGAACUUGGAUGUUUCAUUAAAAUGUGUCGAAUAGCCAAUAGAUAGUGUGUUCAUGUCUGAAUAGCCAAAAAGAAAAAAAAUUCAGGUUGCUUGGAAACACUCGCAUAAUCACCUCGUGGCUACUGAGUCAACUGAGUAGAAGAUUUGAAGGAAAAAACGUGGACUAAAUGUACAACCUGUAAGU